AGAUUCAUGCGUCUUCGGUAUUCUCAACUUUGUGUCUCCUUCAUCACUACCCACUAGCUUCCGCUUAUUUCCUUUCUCUCUUCACAAAGAGUUUCUUAAUUGAAGUUAUUAAUUAACUGUUUAGUGUUAAUAACCACAACUCUUGUGCAGCACAUACAUACACUUCUUCAAACUUCUAACAUAUGGCAUCCGCCUCUUCUUCCACUUCAAUCUCACCACCACGAUCAUGCACCUAUCACGUGUUCUUGAGUUUCAGAGGAGAAGACACUCGCACAGGCUUCACUGGCCAUCUCUAUGCCGCCCUCAACAGGAAGGGAAUCACAACCUACAAAGAUGACCAAAACCUUCGCAAAGGCGAUGUUAUUUCAAAAGAACUCCUGAAAGCAAUUGAAGAGUCGAUGUUUGCAGUCAUUGUUUUCUCACCGGACUACGCUUCCUCUAGUUGGUGCUUGGAUGAGCUCCAAAAGAUCAUGGAGUGCAACAACAAGCUGGGGCAAUACAUCGUGCCGGUGUUCUACGGUGUGGAGCCUUGUGAUGUGAGGCACCAAAUAGGAACCUUUCAGGAAGCUUUGAAGAAACACGAAGAGAGACAUGACAGUGAGAAGGUCAAAAGAUGGAGAGAUGCGCUAACACAAGUUGCUGCUCAUUCUGGUUGGACCUCCCAAAAUCAGUAAGCUAAACUAGUCAUUAACUUAUUACUCUUCUUAUUACUGAAAUUUA